GUGUGAAAUAAUUAAAACAAUCGUUUUACUAAGAUAAUCUGCUGGAAAAUUGAUAACGGCUGCGCAUAUGCCAGUCGCGCAAUUGAUGCCCAAUGCGCAAACGCUUAUAGUGGAGUUUAUAUUAUAUCUUAUAACAUUAUGUACGUGAAUAAUUGCUAUUGAUUGUAAUUGAAGUAGUAAAUUUGCAAAAAUGGUGGUGUGUCCUCCGUUCAAACUGUCUACUAAAGGUGGAUUCACCCUGAACAGGACACAACGGACGCGCCCAGCCCGACCGACACGACGCGAAACGAUUGUUAUAUUUCCAGACAGUGGUGGCGAAUUUUCUCCGAGAAAUGACAGUGAACUUUCUAAUGGUUAUUCUAUUACACCAAUCAAAAAUAAUAGUUUAUCUUUGCAAUCAAAUGGCGCUGAAGUUACCAAGGAAUUAAAGAUACAAAGUAACCCGAGCACACCAAGUAGAAAAUCUAGCCGUAAAGAUUCGGAUUUAUCUGAUGAUGAUAUAAUAGACAAUCGCAAAAGUAGCGCAGCCCGUGUAACUAUAUCUAAAUUAGUUAGUGUGGCUCCCACUAAACAUGUAGCUAAGCGAAGAGCGGUUAUACCGCCGCCGAUUCAGAUAGACACAACAGAUUUACAAUAUGAAAAGUAUGAUAAGGACCAAAGUUCCGCUACACAAAUCAGCAAAGCUAUCAUGAUGAAUGAUUUCCUGAGGAAUUUGAUGGAUGACGAGCGCUUAACUGCAGUGGUGGAAGCUAUGAGUCCUCAAGAGUUCCCGCCGGGCAGUCUUAUCAUCCGUGAGGGGGAGAGUGGCAGCCACUUGUACGUAUCCGCUUACGGAGAAUUUGAAGUCCUCAAGGGGGGUCAAGUCGUGAAGACAUUCGGAGCAGGAGAGGCAUUCGGAGAACUCGCCAUUCUGUACAAGGCAAAACGCUUUGCUUCAAUUAGAUGUAUCGGCGAUGCAAAGGUAUGGGUGUUGGAGCGGCGCGUGUUCCAGAAGAUCAUGGUGCGCAGCGGGCGCCAGGAACAGGAAGACAACAUUCGGUUUCUGUCCUCCGUUCCGCUACUGCAGGAGAUCCACCCCAUAGAGCUCACUAAAAUGUCCGGCUUCUUGAAGAGAGAAUUCUUCUCCGCCGGCACCGCAGUGGUGAGGCAAGGUGACCGCGGAGACAAAUUCUACAUCAUCCGCGGCGGCACGGUGGCGGUCACCAAACGCGAUGCCGACGUUGAAGAACGCGUUGGAACACUGCGAAGAGGAGACUACUUCGGCGAGCAAGCGCUGAUGCAUGAAGACCGGCGGCUGGCCACCGUGACCGCACUACCGCCCGGCGUGGAAUGCUUGACCCUAGAAAGAGGACCGUUCACUGAUUUCCUCGGACAGGUAGAUGAACUAAAACGAAAACGACACUUGGUACCGGGGCCAAGUGAGCCAAAAAAGGGUUCCCAAGUGAAAAGUGAGUUUGAGUACGUAGAGCUGAAAGACCUGGAGAUAGUGGGAACGUUGGGUGUGGGUGGUUUUGGGCGAGUCGAACUGGUGCAAUACAAAAAGGAUAAGACGAUUACCUUCGCCCUCAAAUGCCUCAAGAAAAUCGAGAUGGUACAACAACAGCAGCAGCAACACGCUUACAACGAGAAACACAUCAUGAUGGUGUGCGACAGUCCCUUCCUCUGCAAAUUAUAUCGUACGUACAAAGACAACAAGUAUGUAUACUUCCUGAUGGAGCCUGUCUUGGGGGGAGACGUGUGGACGAUCCUUCAGAAGCAGCGAUUCUUUGCCGAAAAUGUGGCUCGGUUUAUGACGGCAUGUGUGGUGGAGGCCUUCGAAUAUCUACACUCGAAAAACAUCAUCUACAGGGAUCUUAAGCCGGAAAACUUGAUGCUCGACAAACACGGAUAUAUCAAACUGGUCGACUUUGGGUUUGCAAAACUUAUAGCACCUAAUAGCAAAACGUGGACGUUCGCGGGUACGCCUGAAUAUGUGGCUCCAGAAAUUGUAUUAAAUAAGGGUCACGACCGAGCAGUUGACUGCUGGGCUCUUGGCGUGUUCAUUCACGAGCUGAUAGUGGGUAAACCGCCUUUCCGAGCGCCCGGAAACGACCACAUGAAGACAUACACACUGAUCUUGCAAGGCAUCGACGCUGUGGUGUUCCACCGGCGUGUAUCCAACUCAGCCAAAAUUCUAAUCCGCAAGUUGUGCCGUGCGGUGCCCGCUGAGCGUCUCGGCUACCUCAAGAACGGAAUGGGAGAUGUCAAAGCCCAAAAGUGGUUCCUAGGUUUCGACUGGGAGGGUUUACGGGAGAGGAAGCUGAAACCACCUCUCACACAGCCGGUGGCUAAUGACUGGGACUUGUCCAACUUCGAAAAGUAUCCUAAGGACAAACUACCGCCCGAUGAAACUUCAGGAUGGGACUUUGAUUUCUGAUCCACCUUUUGCCGCAAUCAUCUAAAAAUAUUGGGAAUAGAUUUUAUGCCCGUUUGCACCGUCAUACUCUUAAGCUAGGUACUCCUAGAAGAGAUGCCAAAACCUAAGCAAGCAACAACUAAAGAAAAUUUAGGUUUGCACCAACUUAAAAAUCGUUAGAUGUUCUUAACUUUGAAUACUCACAAUAAGUGAAUGGACAGAAAAUGAAUCGUACAGCUAGUAAAAAAAUUGUCUUUGUCAUAAUUUAUUAAUGAAAGGCAACUUUCUAAUAAUACGCAAAAAUAAAGAUUUUUUUUUGAGAAAAUAUAAGACGUUCUGUAAAAUCCGAAAACUAUGACUUGCCAAGUUUAUCGUCUUAUGUUUUGGUGCAAACUAAAUUGACACUUAGGAGUCACCUAAAUACUUAAAAAACUUAAGUUUGGUGCAAACGGCCAUGAGUCUCAUUAUUUUGUGAUAGAUUUAAAAUGUUAGCCUAAUGUUGUCCUCGCAUUACCUAAUUCAUAAUACAUAGGUACUUAAUUAAGUCCAAGAUAUGUACAUGUUUAAUGUUCUGAGAACUUAUAUUUGGUUAUUGUUAUUCGUUCAGUAAUUUAUUAUACCUGAAUUUGACUACUUACUUAAGUAAAUACGUAGUUAAAUACCUACUGUAACUACAAUCUCGCUUUUUUAUCAAAAAUUAUUUCAAUGCAAAACUUUUAAGUAAACUUUAAUUAGAGUUGCUAGAAAGGAUACGGUCAUAUACAGAAACGUUCAUUAACAUUUAAGUUGUGUUAACCUUGAUGCUUUAUUUGAUAUUUACAUGAUUUGCAAAUGGCAAUAAAUAGUCGUGAAAUAAAUUUUAAUUUAAAUACGAUUUUGACAAAAUAACUAAGUAAAUACGGUCAUGGUAAAUGAUAAAUCUUUCGGUUGUUCAUUAUUUUGUGUCAAUAAAAUUAUGUCAAUAACAGCUAAUUGCGACCGACAGAUAACACAAAUUGAUACAAUGUCGGUAAAUUGGUUAUCUGCGAUCACAGUGCAUGACACCUGUAAAUAGAUUGAUAUAUAACAGAUGUAAGUGUCUACGCAUAAGUCUAUAAUUUAUUUUUUUAUGUAAAUACCUACAUAUAAUCUAUGCACUCUGCAUUUUGAUUUACCUGAGAAACUUUACUAGCUAAUUCAGAAAAUGUUUUUUUUUUAUAUUUUUUUUC